UUGAAACUUAUUCCUUUUAUGUCUUUUGUUUCUACCACCUUUUGUGUCUAUACUUUUUUAGGUCAAAGUCACCAAUUCGUGGAAGGUUGGUCUUUUUCAAUUUUGUAUAUAUUUUUGUCAUUCUGAAAGUACUUGAAACUUAUUCCUUUUGUGUCUUUUGUUUUUACCACUUUCUGGAUCUUUACUUCUUCAUGUCAAGGUCACCAAUUCAUGGAAGGUUUGAACCUACAAAUCCUGGUGACACACUUUAUGUAACUGGUCUAUCUUCAAGGGUCACCGAAAGAGACCUAAAGAAGCAUUUCUCCAAGGAAGGAAAGGUUUGUUCAUGUUUUCUUGUGGUGGAGCCUAGUACACGGAUUUCUCAUGGUUUUGCUUUUGUUACAAUGGGGUCCGCUAUGGAUGCGGAGCACUGUAACAAGUAUCUUAACCAAUCAGUUUUAGAGGGUAGUUACAUCUCUGUUGAGCAGUAAUGAUUUUUCCAUGGUAGUAGUUGUUAAAAAAUUGUACUGGUCAUUUUUUUCUUGACUUGACGGUUUUCUGGUUAUAUUUAGAAUGCAUUGCAUAAGCUAUGCUGGCAACGAUCAGAGGUGAUCAAUUCAUCCAUGUGAACUUUAGUGAUACAACUUGAGCAAUGACAAGCUUAAAUAACUAAUCAGAUGCAUUUAAUCAACUAAGCAUAGCAACUAUAUUGCCCAACAACUUUACAACCUCAACAUUCACUUUCAACUCUUUAUUAAACAAUGGACAUUAUCAACAACUUCCUAAUCAAGCUUUUAUUGUAUCUCACACCAGACAUUAAUCUUGUGUGUGGAUAUAAAUAUUUUACCUUCUUCUCAGAAGUUAUGUUCUGUAUCUGGAUGAAAUUUUCUUAUUGAGGAUUCUCUUAAUAUAAUGUAAAAUGUUACUAUGUUAAAUUUAUAGGAGAAAGAUGUCACUGACUCAAGUUUAUUAGAUGUUUAGUGGUAUUUGGAUGUUUUAUGUCCUUUAUCGAGGAAGCGUUAAAGUUAACUCCUAUAUUUUCAUUUCAGCAAGGAAGCAAAUGCACAACUCCAACCCAGGGCAUUAUAUUGGACUUAAAAACAUGCUUUCUAAGAUGAUUUUUCUGACAACCGUCUUAGAAAGUCCACUCACUAAGAUGAUUUUUCUGACAACCGUCUUAGAAAGUUCAUUCUCUAAGAUGGUUUGUUUGGAACAACCGUGUUAGAAACAUCAAUUCUUUAACCUUUUUCUUCUUCAAAAAACAAAGUCUAAAACGAUUUCGUGAAGAACCAAUGUAGAAGGAUGAAA